AUGGCUGCAGAGGCUACGACUCCGUUGCUGCAGCACAGGCUGCUGCUGCAGCAGCAGCAGCAGCAGCAGCAGCAGCGCCUCCUUAUGCUGCGCAGAGACUUGUCGUUCCCAGGGCCUCCAGCGGCUACUACUCUUCCACCCACAACACCUUCACUCCCAUGCACCACCUCCACAGCUAAGCAGCAGCAGCAGCAGCAACAGCAGCAGCAGCAGCAGCAGCAGCAGCAGCAGCAGUGGCAGCAGCGGGCAGCAGCAGCAAGGGAUGGCUUCGCCUGCAGCAGCGAAGCAGCAAAACAGAUGCUGCACAGGACCUUCUCUCGCAGCAGCGGGGGCCCCCCUGGGGGCCCCCUUGGGGGCCCCCCUGGGGGCCCCCCUGGGGGCCCCCUUGGGGGCCCCCUUGGGGGCCCCCAGCAGUACCCUAAUGGGGGCCCCAUCAAGAGGGCCUGGGCUAAAGUGCUGCAUGCAGCAAAGUACAAAAAGAUUGAAAAGGAUGGCAAACGGGGAUUCCUUUUCAUCAGCAGCAGCAGCAGCAGCAGCAGCAAACGGAAUUUCGCCAGCUUUGCUGCUGCUGCUGCUGCUGCAGCGGCGGCAGCAGCAACGCGUCCGACAGCAGCAGGAGGAGCUGCUGCUGCGGCAGCAGCGCAGCAGCGCAGCAGCAGCAGCAGCAGCUUCCUCUGUGGCUCUACAGGAAGGGCCUCAAAGCGUUGCAGCCCCCUCUUCGCUGCUUCUCCAGCAGCAGCAGCAGCAGCAGCAGCAGCAGCAGCAGCAGCAGAUCUUCGCGCUGCAGCAGAAGGCCUCGCAAUUGCUGUUCCUCCACUUGAAGGCCCCGAAGGGAAAAAGCUGGCUGAGGAGUUGCAGCAGAUUCUUGCUGCUGCUGCUGAGGCCCUCGACAGCAAGCCGCAGCAGCAGCAGCAGCAGCAGCAGCGAGAAAACAGCAAGCAGCAGCAGCAGCAGCAGCGAGAAAACAGCAAACAGCAGCAGCAGCAGCAGCAGCAGCAGCAGCAGAACUGCAUCCCUUUGAGUUGGCUAAGAAAUGAUUCGGCGCGUCUCUUUGCACCUCCUGCAGAGCCAUUUGGGCCCCCCUGCAGCUGCCACAGCAGCAGCAGCAGCAGCAGCAGCAGCAGCAGCAGCAGCAGCAGCAACAGCAGCAGCAACAGCAGCAGCAGCAGCAGCAGCAGCGCACCGCUUGCUGAGGACGCAGCGGGACUUUAG